AUGGCCGAGGCUCAGCUCAUGCAGGAGCAGCUACAACUGAGCGUCAUGCAGUCAGAGCGUGAGGCUGAACUCGCCGCAGAUGGGGAUGUGAUCAUGGGGGAGGAUAUCAGUGCGGCCGCUUCUCAGAGUCAGAUUGACGUUGGGAGUCUGGCGGGUGAGCAUUACGAGGAUGCGGAGAUGGAUAUGGAUGCCGAUGGGGAGCCUGACGACGGCGGGGAGGAACACGACGAUCACAGCAGUGCCCAACACAGCGACUCGGAGCAGGAAGAGGAUGGGGUUUUCGAGGAGGAUGCCGAGGAGGAAGAGGAUAAUGAGGUUGUUCCUGCCAGAGGUCGCCAGUCGCGACGAGGGAGCAAGGGGAGGACAAUAAGGGAUGAGGAUGCUGAAGAGGACGAGGACGAGGAAGAUGAUGAGGGUGUCGGGGCGGUCAAGAUCAAGCCUGGCGAGACAGAUGAUGAGUCGGAUAGUGCCCACUCUGCGGAUUCUGCCAGUGUCAGUGACAAUGACUCUGAUGCUGGUGCCGAGGAGGAGUGGGAGCCCGCGAAUAAUGAUGAAGCGGAGGAGGAUGAGGAUGAGACUGAUGACGGACACUGCAUCUUCUGUAAGCAGAGUGAAGAAAACGAUCCGGCAGAAGAGUUUGAGGUGUAUUUGGCUUGCACCAGGUGUCAGGACAACGCUCACCAACAAUGUGCCCGUGACAGCAAGGCAUUGGAUGGCGAAACGAGUAGGUGGUCUACGAAUACAUCGUGUAGAACCGUGCUGACAACAGCUGCAGGUCCUGAGAGCUGGAAGUGCCCCAAGUGCGCAGACACUGAAUCAGAAUCCGACGCCCAUAACGAAGAAGAUGUCGAGAUGGAUGGCAUCACUGACACCAGUGCUCCUCCAUCUGCCCGGCGUGCACAUGCGCCAAAACUAGCGAGGGACCUGCUUCCGUCACAAAAGGGCGCUGUCAAGCCGGAAUCACACUCUGUCUUCAACCAACUCGUCCUCGACGAGGAUCCUAUGGACGGAUCGCGCGUGCUUAGAAAGCGGAAAACAUCAUCGAUCGAGCCUGACGAGCACGUUAUGGCCCUGCGAAAGAGGCGUCGGACAACAACAGAGGAGGCGAGCAACGAGGAAGCCUCAGUCGGCAGGGAAGGAUCAUCUAGACCAGUGUCGCGAUCUUUACGGCUCAAGAUUUUACAGAGCUCCGGUCCUGCUUCUGUCACGAAGAAGACACGGAACAGCAUCAUCGUCAAGAUGCGCGUGAAUGCGGUGGAACUCGCUCGGAUCUCAUCUGAAAAGCCCAAGGGCCUUAAGAAACGACCUAAUAGAUCUAAUAGGUCGGGGAGAUCGGGAAGAUCGGCAAGGCGACCAUCUAGAAAUGACGGGCCUCGCGGUGCUGGGGCGGUCCAAGUCCCAAUAGCCACUCCGUUUACUAGCACGAGCUACUCUCAGCCAUUUUACUCUUUCUACGAUAGGGAGACGGACGAGCUAAAGGGCAAACCAUAUGGUGGCAUCUUGACCGAACCCGAAGCCGACACGUCCAAAACGAUGCCGGCACCCGAAGACCGACGUCGCUUCGACGAGGCAAAGCAAAAGGCCGAAGAAGAAUGGAGACAGAGGCUGCUGCAGGUGCAAGCCGAGACUGAAGUGCCGAGCAAAAAGUCUAAGAAGGCGUCGGGCCCGGCCAGCCAGAUCGAGUGCAUCCAGUUUGGAGGCUGGGAGAUCGACACGUGGUACGCGGCGCCGUAUCCCGAGGAGUACAGCAGGAACCGGAUUCUUUACAUUUGUCAGUUUUGCCUCAAGUACAUGAACUCGGACUAUGUCACCUCGAGGCACAAGCUCAAGUGUCCGGCGAAGCACCCUCCUGGGGAUGAGAUUUACCGGCACGGGUCAAUUUCUUGGUUAAUCUGUCGGCGAACCGUGUCCGUCCAGCGAGAACCU